UACGUCUUUAGAAAGAGAUGAUGAAACUUGGCAAAGACUUGCUCCUUCGUCAAGUUGAUGAAGACAUUUGUCAGCCAAACCACACAUUAAGAAUCUCAAGACAUCUUCCAUGUGGAUGUUACUUGUUUCCCUGUGAUUCUGUGCACUUCCUUCCUCCAAUUCAACACCGCCCUUCGCCGCCAUGACUAGCCACCGGAAAAUCCUGAUUGUCUCUUACUCGGGCCAAGGCCACGUCAUCCCAUCCCUCCGAUUCGCCAAACGCCUCCUCAACAUGGGUGUCGAUGUCACCUAUUCCACUAGCCUAUCCGUCGUACGACGCCUGGAAAAGGAGACCACCCCUCACGGCCUGACCUUCGCUCCUUUCUCCGACGGCCACGACAGCGGAAAACAACCUAAUACCACCCUGCAACAAUUCGUCGCCGAUUUUGCUACAAAUGGUGCUUCCGCCGUAGCAGAAAUCAUCAGUUCUGCCACUGCUGCCGGCCAGCCGUUUGACCACUUGGUCUACACCACCGUCAUCCCAUGGGCGGCGCGGGUGGCAAAUGCCCACGGCAUCAAACCCACUGUUCUCUGGUGCCAAUCAACCACUAUUAUGGAUAUUUACUAUUACUAUUUCAAUGACUAUCAAAGUCUGAUAUCCAGUAACAACAGUGAUCCAACAUUUCCGAUAAACUUACCAGGACUCCCACCACUAACCAUCGCUGAUUUGCCGUCGUUUUUAUUGCAGUCAUGCCCUAAAGAACAUGCUUUUCUCGUACCAGUUAUGAAAGAACAUGUUGAUGUACUCAAACUAUCUUCAAGAAUACUUGUGAACAGUUUUGGUGAACUAGAAUUCGAAUCCAUCAGAGCAAUUGAGAAACUUGAGUACCUUCCAAUUGGACCCUUGGUCCCGUCGGAAGUUGUGGAGUCUAUGAAUAAAACCUCCGGGAAAGAUUUCUUCGAAAAGUCGGAGGAUGGUUAUAUCCAUUGGUUAAACACAAAACCAACAUCGUCAGUUGUGUAUGUUUCGUUUGGAACCAUAGCGACUUUUUCGAUGGAUCAAAUGGAGGAGAUUGCUAUUAGGUUGGUGGAGAGUCGACGGCCAUUUCUGUGGGCAAUCGGAGACAGUGGUAUUGCAGAAAGAUUGAGCAAGAUUGAGGAACUGAAAAAACAGGGGAUGAUAGUGGAUUGGUGUUCUCAGGCUGAGGUGCUGAGCCACCAAGCGAUCGGGUGUUUCCUGACGCAUUGUGGGUGGAAUUCAACGGUGGAGGCGUUGGUUUCUGGUAUUCCGAUGGCGGUGUUUCCACAAUGGUCGGAUCAGGAGACGAACGGGAAGAUGGUUGAAGAUGUUUGGAGAACAGGGAUUAGGGUGAGGAGGAGGGAAGGAGAUGGAAUUCUGGAAGGGAUGGAGAUCCAGAGGUGUGUGGAAAUAGUAAUGGGAGAUGAGGAAAUGAAGAAAAACGCAGAGAAAUGGAGGAAUUUGGCAAGAGAAGCUCUCAACAAUGGCGGAUCGUCCACCAUCAACCUCCAAGCUUUCUUGGAUGACAUGUGAAAUAAGAGUGGAACAAUAUGGGUAGGGCAGGCUCCAAAAGGAUGUCGCUUUGUUUAGUAAUUGAUACGUACAAAUGUAAUAUAUGUAUACUUUGAAUAUAUAUGGACUAAAGAUCCAAUAAUGCA